AUGACUACUGCACAUCGUCCACAAUUAGAAGCUCGUAGUGGUGCCAAAAAUAUAACCCCUACUAAUACACAGCAUGCUAGAUUAUUACCAGGCCAUAAAACACUUAAAAAAAGAAUGAAAAAAAACCUUGUAGAGGGAACAUUAUUGAAAAAUGAAAAAAAUUAUAAUAUAGCGAAACAGAAACAGAUUAACGAUGAUUUGAUUACAAUUAAUAAUGAUCAAAAUUGUAUCUCCACAACCCCAUCACGUGAUGACAAAUGUCCAGAAUCACCUGAUCAAAAAAAUGCGACAUCACAUGAUCAAACUCCAAACCCUAAAAUUAAACUGGAAGAACCCUCGGCUCUGCCCGAACCCUGGGCUGACAAUUCCACAUCACAUGAUCCGCAAAAUUUCCCGUCACGUGCCUGGCGACGCGACCGCGUAUUUCCGCGGAAAUUAAAGAAUAUUCCCGAAAAGGCACAAUGCGGGGCACACGACGCGUCUCGGAAAGCGAGGUCCGACGGAAAGCGAACCCCGAGCAGCCCGCCCAGAAAACGCCGCAGACCUUCUCAGAACUAG